AUGAAGUUGGCACUAGUUAUAAGAUUCACCAAUGCGUUAUCUUCAACUGAACAGAUUCCUGAUUUGUCUUUACCAAUAACCAUCAACUUCGAAAAGGAUGACAUCAACAAAUUAGUCAAUGUACUGUGGUUGAAGGCUUGUAUCCGAAGUAAAGCCGCAGGAUGUGCAAAGAGGCGGUUGAAAUUAAUAUACAAUGGACGCGUUUUGAAUGAUAAAACAGACUUUGAGAAAGAAGUGUUGAGCUCACAAAAGUCUCGAUUGAAUGAUAAUGACCGUAUAUACAUACACUGUGUUGUUGGGGAAGAGCUCACCAAUAGCCAACUCCAAGAAGAAAAUCGGCUUGACAAUAAACCGCAAGAGGUUACUACGACACCCAACGUUAUUGGGUUUGACAGAUUGUUGCAACAAGGAUUUUCUGCAGAAGACGUGAGUGAUUUACGAAGACAAUUUUUACUGAUAUAUGGCAACAAUGCAGUUUCCGGAAGCAACGCGGCAGGACGGGACAUUGCUGAUCUUGAAGAGAUUGAAAAUAAUCAAAGAGCAAUGCGUGAGUUGGAAGAAAGAUGGAUCGAAUCCACAUCAGGCACUGGUGCUGGUGCUGGUGCUGGUGCUGGUAUGGGCACGAGUACGAGUACGAGUACUGGUACGGGUACUGGUGUUAAUAUGGGAGGCGUAGGAGGAGGUGCCGAUAAUGCUGGUAAUAACAAUUCAUCACAGCAAGAAAACACUGAACAAACUCAACAGAUUCAGUCAUUGGACAUGGACGAGAGUCAUGUGAAUGAAGAUUUGCUUCUUGGGUUUUGCAUUGGUGUGUUUUUAGGAAUAAUAUCGGUGGUGUUUUUACUAGUAGAUGACUCGAUAUUCAACAAGAGGCAAAAGAUGUCGGUGAUAGCAGGUCUAUUCAUCAACUUCUCCUUGGCAAUUGUUCGAGGUCAAUGGAUUUGA